AUGUGUGAUACAGCGCAGUUGGCAGUAUUCGUGAGAGGAGUGACAGAAGACUAUGCUGUGAUUGAGGAAUUACUUGAUUUGCGUUCGAUGAAAGAUACAACCACAGGAAAAGACAUCUACGAAGUAAAGAGUUGCAUAGAAAAAUAUGAACUUCAAAUCGAAAAUCUUUGCGGCUUGACUACAGAUGGUGCACCAGCAAUGACAGGAAGAACGAAUUGUUUUGUGGCUCUAAUGCGCAAUAGCAUCACACACACAAUCAUACAGCAUCAUUGUAUUAUACACCAAGAACAGUUGUGUACAAAAGUACUCGAACUGAAACCCGUGAUGGAUAAAGUAGUGCAGACAGUCAAUUUUAUACGCGCAAGAGGCCUGAAUCACAGACAGUUCCAAGCAUUUCUGUCUGAUGUGGGUUCAGAUCACGAAGACAUCGUGUACUUUAGUCGCGUUCGCUGGCUCAGCAGAGCAGCCACACUGAAGCGAUUCUAUUUGUUGCUCGAUGAAGUAAAGAUUUUUCUUGAAAAUAAAGGCCAAGAAAUUAGUUUUCUAACGGAUGAGCAGUGGUUGGCUGAUUUGGCUUUCCUGGUUGAUAUAACUAAGUCUCUCUCUGAUCUCAACCUAAAACUGCAAGGAAAAGAUCAACUAUGCUCGCAGAUGUAUGAACAUGUUCAAGCUUUCACUAAGAAGCUCAUAUUAUUGGAGAAACAGCUGGAACAAAACAGUUGA